UUGUAAAAGGGUGGACUGACCCGUAACUUUGCUCCCUCUCAUACACACAAUUGCCGCUCCGCUAUUUGCUUUGCCCUCGUCCAUUUUCUUCCACCUCAAUUCCCCUAAUUUUUCAAAUUCAAGUUACUGUUAUUCGAUUCAAUUUCUUCGAAUUAGGAUACAUACAAACAUGGCCUCAUCAGCUGCCAUCAACAACAUCGAAAGAGCUCACCAGAUGUACAGGGAAGGUAGAUAUGCCCAAGCUCUGGGUUUUUAUACCGAUGCUCUUUCGUUGGCUAAAACAAACUCCCAAAAGAUCGCUCUUCACAGUAAUCGUGCUGCUUGUUUCCUCAAACUUCACGAUUUCAAAAAGGCAGCAGAUGAAUGCACAUUGGUGCUUGAACUUGAUCAAAAACACACAGGCGCGCUGAUGUUGCGCGCUCAAACCUUAGUCACCCUCAAGGAGUACCAUUCAGCACUUUUUGAUGUCAACAGGUUAAUUGAAUUGAAUCCAUCAUCAGAAGUGUAUCAAAACCUCCAUGCCCGUCUGAAGACACAAUUGUCCCUUGCUCCAAUACCUGAAGAUGAAGCAGAGCUUGAAGAAGAUGAUGAUGAUUGGGAAGAACAAUGUACAAAUAGAGAAACCACUGAAGUUGAUGUAGGAGAAGACAAAAGAGAUGUUUUGGAAGUAACCACAAUAAAAGCUGAGUCUGGAAGUGUCAAACAGACAACUGAAGUCAGUGAUGUUCCAAAAAUGGAAUCGUCUGAACAACCGUCGUCUAGCUGGGAAGCAAUCCCACAGCCAAAAGGACAUUCACGGCUUGACUAUUCAAGAUGGGAUAGGGUUGAAGAUGAGUCUAGUGAAGAUGACGAUGACGAUGAUGAUGACAAUGAUUCUCAACCUCAGUAUAGAUUCCGUGUCAAAACUAUUGGUGUACGAGCUGUUAAGUAAGAUGAAGAAAGUAUUUAAUGCAAAUUGCAUGAAUUGGGCCAUACAAUUCUUUGUUGUUUCAUAUGAAGAGUGCUGAAAGUCUAUUGGGCUUCAAAAUGACGCUAACUUUGUUUCAUUCAGCAUCACGUGGCUCAUGUUGAUAGAAACCUUAUACUUGUGAGCAUAGAAACAAUGUACAUUUUAUAUGAAGUGAGAGAACCACAAUAACUGGGAUAUCCUCUGCCAGAGUGAGAUGGUUCUGGCAGUGACUCUAGCUAGUGCUGUUUUCCAUUCCGGAAAACUGGUGUCCAGGCUGCUGGCUGUACAAUUUUCUGGUGUUGGUACAUUGUAGAUUUACGUCUUUGGAUGCAUAAUUCUGUUGAAUGAAUGAAUUGUGAGACCACCAACAGUGUGUUUCUCCGUUAAAAUCAAUGUGAAGAGGAACAUACCUUUCUUCUUCUUUUGGGGAUUGUGUUGUAUCUUUUUACAUUAGCAAAGCAUAUUUUGUUUUGGGAAUCA